AUGCCUUCCAUCACCCGACGUCGACGUUGGGUGGAGACAGCGGCACUCCUCCUGGCCCCACUUGCCCUCGCUGCCGACGUACCCUACUUGCAGACCGUCUACGCGACUAGCGCACAAUGUACGGUCGACGGCAGCAACUGGAUCCUUUACCUAGGCAACCACACCGCCCCGUACGCAUGGGACGCUGCCGCGAACCCAGAUGGCGCGGCCUUCCGUGAGCGCACACAACAGAUGCACCUUUACACGACAACACCCAGGCAGAGCAUCACUUGCCGCGUGCACGGGUCAGGAAUCAGCGUCCUCGGCGGCCUGCGGUUGCCUGUCGGCGCCAACCUGUCCGAUCCAAACGUCCUCAACAUUACUCUAGACGGGCAGCCGGUUGCCCAGGAUGCAAUGACCCUUACCCAGACCAAUGGCACAUGGCAGUCGACCUUCCUUCAGGUCCCAGCGCUUGGUGGUGCGCCCCUCGCAGGCGAGAUGCACACCCUCCAGAUCCAGACUGGUGCGACCUUCAAUGGUUCCCUCGAGAUGUGGGGCAUGGUCGCCAACUCCACCGUCUCUACCGACGGGUGGACCCCAUACAGUACCGUCGGUCAAGGCUCCUCCACCGGGACCGAGCUGCCGUUUGUCUUCAACUCGUCUGUCGCCAGCACCAUGUACAACUGGAAGGAUCAUGACCCGGCCGUUCACAAUUUCCGGUUGCAGAACGUUGCUGCACCUGAAGUGGCUGUGGCAGUGCGGAAGAAGCUCGACGCAACCGUCAAUCUCCCGAAGAACUCGUCGUAUCUCGUCGUCCACGGUUACAGCGGACCCAACUACGGUACUCUCUUCCUCGACAUCGAACCCGCGCCGCCCGGCAUCUCCAACCUUCCCAUUAAGAUCAACACGAACAAGCCGUGGCUAAUCUACGACACCCUCUUCGAGUCACCCAUGGACCCUACUACCAAGAAGUACACACUCACUUUCUCGACCAAGGACGCGGCGCUUGGUGCCGGUGUCUAUCUUGCCUCGACAAAUGUUUUCGAGUACCAGGAGAAUGCACAGAAUCCGUUCACUGGAGGUUGGGCGGACGGGACCAAGCCGAAGCCGAAGAAGAACCUCGGUCCUGUCAUAGGCGGGGCCGUCGGCGGAGCCGUCGGAGGUAUCCUUCUCAUCGGUCUUCUCAUCUUCCUCUGGCGCCGCCAGCGCCGCCAGAGCGCCGCCAAGAAGGCCAAGGCUGCCAUCACGGCCUCCGAUGAGGGCUCGUCUGAGGGCUCGCUCGGCGAGAGCGACGCCAUGCUCGAGAAGAACGGAAGUACCCGUGCAUCGCUCCGACCACCUAGCAUGGGCGGCCGGCCCAAGUCGGGUGUGUCUGACCGCCGCCAGUCAGAGAUGUCCGCGAUGCUGGAGCGCGACAAGCGCAAGUCGACCAUGUCGACCAAGUCGUCCAGGUCAAGGCGUCAGUCUGAGAUGCCUGCUCACAUGCGCGCGGGCGACCAUCAGAAGGACCUCGAGAGCUGGCUACUCCCCACUGGUGCUUACUCUGGCGGCGCGCUGCGCCAGUCGCGGCGAGUCUCGAAUGUCUCCGGACGCGGGUUACUCGACGGCCUCGCCGUGCCAUUGCACCCCAUGCACUCGCGCCCCAUGUCGUCGAGCUCAGGGCGUGGCCUGCUUGAUGGCCUCAAUCCACCCCCAAUGCCUUCCCGUCCAGUCUCCUCUACGUCUGGACUCCCACCUCUGGACACCUCGGCCGCUGUGCCAGCUUCGCCUCCGCCCAACCUCUCACCUGUGGAACAGACGUUCGCCGCCUUAACGAGCAAGUCUGCCCACUCCCCCAAGUCACCCACGCGGGUCGCAGCUUCCCUGCCACCAGGCGCAGCGGAGCCUGCACCAGCGCCUUUGGUCUUCCGGCAGGCAGGGUCGCCCUCGGCUGAUGGGCUGUCAGUUGCAUUCCCAACCCAGGGAACCCCAGCUUCUCCCGCCAAGCCAGGGCCACCUACACACGCGCCCCCCUCCCCAACACACGCCCCGAGUGGGCGCGAGUCAGCAGCGUCCCAUGCGGAUUCGUUCUUCUCCCUUCCUGAUGAGUCAGAAGGCGACGCAGGCAACAUGACUGUCGGCUCCGAGGGCUUCUUCAGCGCACUCUCACAUGACGCGCCUGCUUCCGUCUUCUUGCAGCCCAACCCGUCCGGCACGCGCCCGCCGAGCCGCCAGGCAAUCCCCAAGGCCGGUGAGAACGAGACGGAGGCGGUCCGUGGUGAGCCUGCAGUCGACGAGACACAGUAUAUCCCGGGGACGGCCAUGUAA